AUGGGGCUGGUGACGCUGCUGGGGUCGCUCAUCUGGGUGCGGCUGUUUGAUGAGCUGGCCAGGCGAGACCUCAUUGAACGGAAGCUGAGUCGCAAGCUCGUGCACAUCACCACAGGCCUGCUCUUCAUGCUCUUCUGGCCGCUCUUCAGCACGGGCUUCAAUGCGCGCUUCUUUGCCAGUGCAGUCCCUCUCAUCAACGCCACGCGCCUGCUGCUGCUGGGGCUGGGAUUGACGCGCAACGAAGGCAUGGUCAAGGCUAUGAGCCGAGAGGGUAGCUCCAGUGAGCUCCUGGGCGGCCCGCUCUACUACAUCCUCACGCUGGCCUUCGUUACAAUCACAUUCUGGCGCUCCUCCCCCGUUGGGGGCGUGGCACUGGCGCUCAUGUGCGGUGGAGAUGGCAUCGCUGACAUCGUGGGACGGAGAGUAGGUUCCGCGAAGCUGCCAUGGAACGACCAGAAGAGCUGGGCAGGGAGCAUCGCGAUGCUACUCUUUGGAUAUGGCCUCGCCCUCUUCACCAUUCAUCUCUUCACAGCAGCAGGAUUCUACUCCUCUGAUUGGCUGCUGCUGCCGAACCUGCCUCUCCGAGUCUUCUUGGUCAGCCUCGGAGCUACAGUGGUGGAGUCUCUUCCAAUCAGCGAUAAGCUGGACGACAACCUCACUGUACCGCUCUCCACCGUUCUGUUUGGCAUGCUACUGCUGCAACUGUGA